AUGACAAAUUUCGAGAUACAAGAGAACAAAGGUGAUUACAAAACCACCCAACAUCAAUAUAUGUUAAUAUUUCACGAGUGUACGGCAGUUAAACUCUCCGAACUUCGAGAUAUCCCUCGCUUUAUGUUCAAUUUUGUAGAAUUUAGCGAAUUGAGGGGCAACUCUGACUACACGAAAUCUUUGUGUGAUAUCAUUGUCGAGGUCAUCAAAAUUGAUGAAGUCGUUAAUGGAGAAACUAUGGAAUGUACACUGUGGAACCAAUUUGCUAUUCAAAUGGUUGACUUCUGGAAAGCCAAAAAAGAUGAGCCGGUUGUCAUUAUUCUCCAAUAUGCUAUG